AUGGUACCAGAAGGUAUUGUUCUUGUGCAUAAGGUUUCAAGCAAGGGUAUAGAGGUUGACAGAGCUAAGAUAAAGAUCGUAGAAAAGUUUUCUACACCUUUCAAUGUAAAAGCAGUGAGAAGUUUUCUUGGGCAUGCUAGGUUUUACAGAAGGUUCAUAAAGGAUUUUUCAAAAAUAGCCAAACCACUAAGAAAUUUGCUAGUGGUUGACAAUCCUUUAAUCUUUGAUGAUAAUUGUAAGCAUGCCUUUGAAACCUUGAAAAAGAAACUCACUACAACACCAAUCAUCACACCCCCAGAAUGGGAACUUCCUUUUAAACUAAUGUGUGAUGCAAGUGAUGUUGCAAUUGGUACUGUAUUGGAACAAAAGAAAGACAAGCUGCAUCAUGUUAUAUACUAUGCAAGCAAGAUGUUAAAUGAGGCACACAAAAAUUACACCACCAUAGAAAAAGGACUCUUGGCAAUUGUGUAUGCAUUUGAUAAAUUUAGACAAUACUUGAUUGGUUCAAAAGUUGUAGUAUAUACUAAUCAUAUUGCUCUCAAGUAUCUCAUGUCUAAACAGGAUGCAAAGCCAAGACUUAUCAGGUGGGUGCUAUUGCUACAAGAAUUUGACAUUGAAGUGAGGGAUAGGAAAGGAAGCGAGAACCAAGUUGCAGACUAUUUGUCAAGAUUACUACAAGAAACCAACCAAGAUAUACCACAACCAGUGAAUGAGAAGUUCCCAGACGAACAUUUUCUUCAAACCCAACAAGCACCUUGGUUUGCUGAUAUUGCAAACUACAAGAUAAAUAGAAAAGCUACUCCACAAAUACGGGGUAGUUCACAAAGUGGCCACACCAUAUACCCUCAAACCAAUGGCCAGGCUGAAUUGGCAAACAGAGAGCUAAAGAGAAUUUUAGAAAAGACAGUUGGGGUCACAAGGAAAGACUGGGCAAGAAAGUUGGAUGAUGCCCUUUGGGCAUAUAGAACCGCAUCCAAAACUCCAAUUGGGAAGUCACCCUUUCAGCUGAUUUAUGGCAAAUCCUGUCACCUUCCUGUGGAACUCGAACAUAAAGCUUUUUGGGCCACUAAGCUCCUCAAUCUUGACUCCCAAGCAGCAGGAGAGAAAAGGUUGUUGCAACUCAAUAAACUGGAUGAAUUUAGGUCGGAAUCUUAUGAGAAUGCUAAGAUAUACAAGGAGAGAGUUAAAAGAUGGCAUGACAAGAAAAUCUCAAAAAGAGAGUUUGAGCCAAGACAACAAGUUCUAUUAUACAACUCUAGGCUCAAGAUUUUCUCUGGAAAACUCAAGUCUAAAUGGACUGGCCCUUAUCUGGUAACUAAGGUUUUCCCACAUGGAAGCCUUGAACUUAUGAAUGAAGCUACAAAGGACACAUUCACAACAAAUGGUCACAGAGCAAAGCAUUACUUAGGAAGGCCUUGGAACAAAGAGGAGAGUAUUCAUGAACUGAGUUAA